CCCACCCCCCGACCUCACUUCCGCCCCACGGCAAGAUGGCGGCGCCCGGGCCCUGCCACGCAGACUUCCGCCCGGCGCGGAGGCCUAGGGUGGGCUGCGGGUCGCAUUGGAUGUGAAGUCUGGACGCGCGAGGUGCGGAGCUGCAGCCCAGGCAACAUGUCGGAAGGAAACGCCGCCGGCGAUCCCAGCACUCCAGGAGGGUCCCGACCCCUCCUGCCCGGUGCCCGGGGGCUUAUCGGGAGGAGGCCGGCGCCUUCCCUCACCCCAGGCCGCCUUCCCUCCAUCCGCUCCAGGGACCUCACCCUCGGAGGAGUCAAGAAGAAAACCUUCACCCCAAAUAUCAUCAGUCGGAAGAUCAAGGAAGAGCCCAAGGAAGAAGUAGCAGUCAAGAAGGAAAAGCGUGAAAGGGAUAGAGACCGACAGCGAGAGGGCCAUGGAAGGGGCCGGGGGCGCCCAGAAGUGAUCCAGUCCCACUCCAUCUUUGAGCAGGGCCCAGCUGAAAUGAUGAAGAAGAAGGGUACAAAGCUGCCGGGGCUCUGGGAGGAAGGAAUCAGUGGCUUUCAGGUCCAGCUGCCCACGAGGAGGGCAAGGGCAGUGGCAUUCCCCUGCUUGCUCCCAGUUAGCUCUCCUUGCUGUUGGCCUCUUCUUUACUUCUUGCAUCAUUUCCCACAGGGAACUGGGAUAAGACCGUGGACAUGUUGGCCUUGCUGUUGGCAUGUUGGACAUGCCUCCUUGCUGUUGGCCCCUUCUUUACUACUUGCGUCAUUUCCCACAGGGAACUGGGAUAAGACCGUGGACAUGUCAGACAUUGGGCCCUCUCACAUCAUCAACAUCAAAAAGGAGAAGAGGGAGACGGACGAAGAAACAAAACAGAUCCUGCGUAUGCUGGAGAAGGAUGAUUUCAUCGAUGACCCUGGCCUAAGGAAUGACACUCGAAAUACACCUGUGCAACUGCCACUGGCUCACUCAGGCUGGCUUUUUAAGGAAGAGGAUGAAGAAGCAGAUGUUAAACCCUGGCUUCCUGGCCACAAGGAAGAGGACAUGGAUGUGGACGGGCCUGCUGUGAAAGUGAAAGAAGAACCACGAGAUGAGGAGGAGGAGACCAAGGUGAAGGCUCCUCCCAGAGCCACCCGGAAGACCCCGAGCCUACCGAAGGACGUGUCUGUGGCAGAGCUGCUCAGGGAGCUGAGCCUCACACAGGAGGAAGAGCUGCUGUUCCUGCAGCUGCCAGACUCGCUCCCUGGCCAGCCACCCACUCAGGACAUCAAGCCUGUCAAGACGGAGGUGCAGGGCGAGGAUGGCCAGAUGGUGGUUAUAAAGCAGGAGAAAGACCGGGAAGCCCGCCUGGCAGAGAACACCUGUACCCUGGCUGACCUGACAGAGGGCCAGGUUGGCAAGCUGCUCAUCCGCAAGUCAGGGAAGGUGCAGCUCCUCCUGGGCAAGGUGACUCUGGACGUGACGAUGGGAACCGCCUGCUCUUUCCUGCAGGAGCUGGUGUCCGUGGGCCUUGGAGACAGUAGGACGGGUGAGAUGACAGUCCUGGGACAUGUGAAGCACAAACUUGUAUGUUCUCCCAAUUUUGAAUCCCUGUUGGAUCACAAGCACCGGUAAAACGAGCAGAUGGAGCAUGGUGGUGACUGCCCACGGCUGCUGCCUGCUCCAGACGUUUUGUUCUCAAAUCUGUUGGACCCAGAAGGGGCCUGUUUAGCCCACCCACUCCAGCCAUUGUCCCAGUUUUCCCCCCAGGGCCCACGCGGCUCCCUCCCACAGCAGCCGUGAAUGGCGACGACCUUCCCACAGCACAGAAACUGCACCUCCUCACCGCUGGGGGAUUUGUCCUUGCUAUUUAUUUUUAUAUUUAUGUCUUAUCUCUUCACCUGCCUGUCCCCUCCCCAGGUGGAGAGGGGACGGUCUGUGGGAAAGGGUGCUUUCCCUUUGCUUCUCAGGGUGGGAAACGGAAGGACGGCUGCUUUUGCUCCCUCCUUCCUCCUGUGAGGCAACGCCCAAGAGCGAGUGGGGAAUUCUUGAGUCUGAGAUGCAGUCCCAGCUCUGCUGUUACUAAUCGUGUGAUUGGUCAAACUACCUAACCUUUCUGAGCCUCAUGUUCCUCAUCUGAGAAAAAUGAGGACGAUACCUACCUCGCAGGGUUGGUGUGAGGAUGAAAUGGAGCAUUUUCGAUGAAAACUCCUUGCACAAGGCCAGAUGUACACAGUAGUCACUCAAUAAAUGUUAGUUUAGUUUCCCUUUGCCUGAGUCUAUUUUCAAGCCAGUGUUGCAGCUCCCUUUGCCGUGAGCUUAGCAAACCACCUUUGGAACAGGUGUGAACCACACAGGCUCUUCCUGACUUAAGUGGCCCCAGAGAUUUUGGACGGAUAUGCCUUCCUUCCCUCCUUCUCUUUGUUCUUUGAGCCUGUUUUUUAUUCAUCAUUCAUUCUACACUGAGCCCAGCAAGCUCCUAGCCACAGCCAGGAGGCAGGACUGACUAGUCCCCACGUCACCCUUCUGUAACUAAGAGCUCAGUGAGCUCUGUUGGAUGCUGAUGUUCUGAUCUUUGUAGAGGACAAGCAGAAAGGGUUCCUGGAGUCGUGGGCCGUGGAAGUCCUGUUUAGUCGAAGGCUGAGCUUUGGUGAAGCAACUGCUUCUUUGUCUCUGGGCUUCAUUGUUUGCUGCUUCUCCUUUUCAGGAGUAAUGCACUGCCAGUGAGUCUCCGUUGUAGUCCUCUCUUUGUUUCUCUUGGUUUGUCUGGUUCAGAAACACUCUUCUUUUCCAGGCUAACUCAAACCUGCCUCGUGAGAUGUUGGGUGUUUUAGUCUUUAGUUGUUUGUUCUGCGGAGGCCUGAGGGAAAGCAUCUCCCACUUGACAGUUCAUCGCUUCACCGUUUCAGGUAUCUUGGGGAUUAAGUCAUGACUCGGCGUCAGCAUCUCCAUGACCUCUCUCUCUCUUCCUCAUACACAAGUUGGACAGUGUUGGUAGAAGGACAGGGCAGGCACCCAGAGCACACAUUUCUACCAACAGAUAAAUGCAAAUAACAAGGACAAAAAAGCCCAAAGCUAAAUUCAUGUAUGAGUGAAAAAUGGAUGCAAAUUUAUUACUCUCUACAUCUGUGUGUAUUUUGUUAAUAUGCCGAAUGUGCACUAUAUAGGCUUGUUCAUUUUUAAUUACUUUGCUAAGUCACAGAGUGUGGGUUUUAGAGUCAGAAACGGGUUUGAAUCUAACUACCAGUAAUUUUGGGGGAAAUUACCCUCCCUAAGUUCAAUUUUUCUCAUUUUCUGUAAAAAUGAGGUAAUAGUAGCUUUUUAAUAGGGUUGCUUUUAAAUUAUAGUGGACACAAAGCAUUUAUUUCGUGCCAGACAGAAAAGUGGUUCUGUCAGGAUGUAUUCAGCACAAGUAACCAAAAACUAGACUGACAGUGACGUAAACAAUUAGGGCAUUUAAUUAUCUCAUGUAAUGGGAAGUCUGGAAAUAGAUGGUUCCAGAGUUGGGUAGCAGCCAGAAUGUCAUCAGAAUUUUCUUGGAUCCAUUUGUUCUGCCAUCCUUGGUCUUGCAAAGUGGCUGUUACAGCUCAGCAUCCUUUCUUCAAAUUACAGUGUCCAAAGCCAAAGCUGGAAGCAAAGUAGACAGCAGCAAAGGAACUUUCUCCUCAUGCUGUUCUCAUCAGAAGGAAUAUCCUUUAGAGGCCCAAAGAGACUUGCCCUUAUGUCUCUUGAUAGAGCUGGGCCACCCUUGCAUGGGCACUGGCAGAGAGGGGUGGACAGUUUGUCCCCUGGCACUGACAGCUUGUUGCCUAUGAGACGGUUUUGUUAGUAGGUAGGAAACAGGAAUGGCAGUUAGGUAGACAGUCCAUGAUAGCUGCCACCACAAUUAAAAAAUACACUGUCUAUUGUAAAAUCCUAAAGUAGGUAGAAUUUUUGAAAUGUUCAAUUACCUUUUAUUCUACUAAAUAAACCAGUUUUAAUAUU